GUGUUACCUGAGUGACGCUCUUGGUGUUACCUGAGUGACGCUCUUGGUGUUACCUAAGUGACGCUCCUAGUGUUACCACCACCACCCGUCCCGCCAAUCACUAUUCAUUAAGGCUUCAACGACCGAUCAAGUCUGUGAAAUGGCUGGGACCACGUGUCACUAUGGAGAGGGCCGGGUAGCGCUGGUGACCGGGGCUGCUCGACGAGUGGGGCGAGUCAUCGCUGCAGCUCUCCAUAAACACGGCUUCAACGUUGUUAUACACUGCAACGCCUCGAAGGAGCUCGCCCUCCAGUUUGCUUCCGAGCUGAACAGUACCCGGAAGGACAGCGCUCACGUCAUAACGGGCGACCUUUCCAAGGAUGUUGUGGCCACCUCACAGCGAAUGGUGAUGGAGGCGGUGGAGAAGUGGGGCCGGCUCGACCUCCUCGUCAACUCCGCCGGCGACUUCUUUAAUACUAACCUAGACGGCGCCUCUGAGCAAGACUGGGAUAAGUUGAUGAACAUAAAUGCGAAGGCACCGUACUUCCUCAUCCAGGCAGCGGCGCCUCACCUGAGGAAGGUCCAGGGCAGCGUGGUGAAUGUGGCCGACAUCCUUGGUGAGCGGCCCAGCGGUCCCCUCAACAUCUACUGCGUCACCAAGGCCGCUCUUAUUAUGAUCACCAAGAGUCUGGCGAUAGAACUCGGGCCGGAGGUGCGCAUCAACGCCGUCAACCCCGGGGCAGCCAUGUGGCCGGAAACUGCCGACGACAACUUCAAGAAGGAGUGGCUGGCGAGGACGCCAGUUGGCCGCCCGGGCACCGGAGACGAGGUCGCCGACGCUGUCCUCUUCCUGGCCUCGCCUUCUGCCUCCUAUGUCUCCGGUAGUGGCCUAAAUGUCUGUGGAGGUCGUUCCGUCCCCCUCUAGUGCACUACCUGCAGCAUACCUGAAGAGUUUCGGGAGUUCUUCUACUCCCCGAGCACAACCUGAGGCUACUCUCGAUUACUACUAUUGUUUUGUAACAGAACAUCAACCACCACAAACUGCUUCACCCACUCUAUGGAACUAAUGCCCUAAUGAAUUAAAAAAAUUGUCCAACCUAUGUUUUAAUUAAUAAUUCAUUGUGUGGGGGGGGGGACAGGCAGCCAGAGUAUAUUCACACACUCCAUUCACCUGGACUCUAGGAGACUCGAACUGUGGACCACAUGUUUGUGAGGCCUAAGUGCUAUCGACCGAGCUAUUGAGUAGUCUUAAUGAGGAAAGUUUCGAGAAGCAGCAUCCUGCCGCCAAACUGGAAUCCUGCCCAACUAAAAGCAGCAGGAUGCUGCUUCUCGAAACUUUCCUUAUUAAGAUAAAUCAAUAGCUUGGUUGAUAGAUCUUCGGCCUCACACACGUGGGGUCCACAGUUUGAAUUUCUUAGUCCAGAUGAAUGGAAUAUUUAUUUCCACGGAAGUGUGGAUGACAAUUUAUAUUCAUACACGUCUGCCUUAUAACGAUGUCCCCCCCCCCCCUCCCAGUUUGAAUUACUGACCCUGCGCAGGAUGCAAUGUGCCCACUGGGUGGAGCUGUGCAUGAUAAACACAUCAAAUUAUGACUAGCUCACAACAUAUGUAAGUUGCUAGGGAGUGCGAAAGACUUUGUGUAAAUUCCUUACAUAAAUUUCACAAAUACA